GAUACGUGCGGCGCGAGUGUUAGGGCACCGGUGCUGUCGCUAACGUAUUUAUGGUCGGCACCGGUGGGCACAACCAGUAGGAUAUCAUCGUUGGAGGCGCAGAUAGUAAUGGUGGUAAUCGUGGUGGCGGGCAAUCGGUCGCAACCAUUUUGCUCGAAGUACUCCAACGUUGAAUAUAGUUGUAGUAUAAGUGAAUUGAUUUGUUUCUCAUCGAAUUGCACCAUGCUCGUCUCGGUCAGCUCGUCCAGCAAGUAUAGUAAAGAAAUAAACGAAAAUAAUAAGAAACUACAACAACACCAACAGAAACGAGUUGAUUUCUCAGCUCAAGUGAUACAGCACUUGAGGGUCGACUCAGAGUCGGACACAUUGAGCACCAAUAGUGAGUCCAGCGACGCGUCCGAACCCACGAAACCGGUGGCCAACUAUAGGCCAGAAUUUAAAUGCAAACCCCAAUUGCCGGCCAAACCCAACAUCAGCUCAAUUAUGAAUACAGCGGCGGCCAAACCGCAGGCCAUUCCCAUCACCAUAACUGUCAAAAGCAAUGCCGAAGACAACAACGAUUAUCACCACAACGACCAGAAGAGUCAACACUUGAAUUUGCAUUUAAAUCAAGACAACGGCAAUAACCACAACAAAGCCCACCUGGUAUUUGAUAACCACGAGGUGGUGGUAGUGGUCAACACCAGUGGUCAGGAGUCGCCGACAACAGGAGUGGCCGCCGAACACAUAUACCAAGAGAUUGGCGGCGAUUCCGGCGAAGACCAGUCGGGAAUGAGUGGCAAAUUCUCCACCACUUCGUCGUCGGACGAUAAUCACCACUCACUGGAUGGGAGGGCGACGCCUCAGGAGCACCGGGACCUGAAACUGGCCGAAUUGGCUCAAGAGCUGGAACAGUGUCGAUACAUGAAACGGCCGGCGCCUCAACCGCCGGCCACCGCACGACACCACAAGUCCGGCGAUCAUACGGUGAUUGGCGGUAACACUGAUGUUGAGCUUAAGAAACCUAUUGUCAACAAACCGGAGCCGAAACGGCCGCAGAGCCCGUCGACGACAACGACGGCCACCACCGCCGCCGCCACAGCUGUGGCCACGACUCCGGCCGCGCCUCCGAAGCAACGCUUUUCGUCCAUAAGAAAACUGUUGCAUAAGAAGAGCCAUUCGGACAAACAUCCCGACACCAGGACUAAGGAUAUCAUUGCCAGCGAUUCCCAGUCGGGAGUGACGGUCACCGACUCGUCGACGGUGUCCGGCGCCGACCGCAAGGCCUGGAAGCAGUCGGAGUUCGAUCGGACGACACUAACGAUUGUCCACCCGAUCGAUAUGACACCCGUUGGCGGCCAAACACCCGACGAACCCGUCUAUAACACUGUAGUCAACGACGUGUAUGCCGUACAGAGACCGGAGGCGCCGCCGCGAACGCCCAGAGCUAACCGGCCAUCAGUGCCGGCCCGGAGGCGGAACAAGUCAUCGCCUAAUAUACACCAGACAGUGUCGGCGGCCCCCCAUCGCGACCCCCCGCCACCCAUACCCCCGACUGUGGUAUUAUCGGCACAAAAACCGCUUCAGAAAUGCAUUUCGCUGCCCAUCGAUGGUCACGAGACGGCCGCUAUCGGGCCGACACGCAUACCGGUGCCCGGCGUUGAGCUGACCGCCCAAAACACGUUGAAUGACGCCUAUAAACAAUUGGCCAAAUCUAAUCUCUCAAACCUAUUGGCCAUUAAGUCCAAAGUGGAGUCCAUUGGGACGACACAGACGUAUCGGUGGACCGACUUUGAGGUGACAAAUGCCGAGCGUUUGGGUUCAGUACUCGUCUAUAAGGACUGUGUUGUGUCCGACACCCGUCUGUCCGUCAAUUUA